AUGCGAGUAUUAGAUUCGACUUUUAAAUUUCUAACUAUUUGUGGUUGCUGGCGACCGGAUUCUUGGACAUCGUCAUGUAAACGUGUAAUCUACCAUACGCACACAUUUUUCGUGCUUGUGCUAAUAAACACGUUUACUUUAUCGCAAUUACUAGAUAUUAUUCUUACUGUGGAUAAUGCGGACGAUUUCACUGAUAAUUUCUAUAUGUUACUUGCAAUGAUUGUAUCUUGUUGUAAAAUGCUUAGUAUGUUGAUAAAUCGCAAAAAUAUUGCUUUGUUAACAAACAUUCUAACGGAAAGACCAUGUAGACCAUUGGAACCGGAAGAAAUGGAAAUUCACAACAAAUUUGAUAAGGGCGUACAAGCAAACACGAUACAUUAUGCAAUUUUGGUUGAAACGACUUGCGUAUGCAUUACGUUAACAUCGUUACUCACGGACUUUAGAAGACGGACAUUGACAUUCAGAGCCUGGUUACCAUAUGAUUAUUCAUCGCCAAUCUUAUUUUACAUCACAUAUGCUCAUCAAUUGAUAAGUUUAAUAAUCGGAUCCGUCCUGCAUGUUGCUUGCGAUGGCCUGAUUUGUGGACUAUUAGUACACAUUUGCUGCCAAAUCGAAAUAUUGGAAUCUCGUUUGAGAAGAAUAGCAUAUAAGCCUGGUAUUCUUCCUGAGUGCAUUCUACAACACAGUCGUAUUUUCGACUUUGCUAUCACGGUUAAUGAAAAAUUCAGGUUUACUAUUGCUAUUCAGUUUAUGGUUAGUACAUUGGUAGUGUGUUUCAACCUAUAUCAAUUAACUAGGUCAACUACAACAAAUGCAAAAUAUGUUCAGCUGGUAUUAUACAUGUGCAGUAUGCUGACGCAAAUCUUUUUUUAUUGCUGGUAUGGAAAUGAGGUAAAAUUAAAGAGUCGACAACUCGUCAGUAAUAUUUUUGAUAUGGAAUGGUGUAUAUUAGAUCAAAAUAAAAAAAAAACUUUAUUAUUAAUUAUGAGACGUAGUACAGUGCCUAUUGAAUUUACCAGCGCCUAUAUUAUUUCGAUGAAUCUUGAUUCUUUCGUGGGUUUGCUUAAAACAUCGUAUUCAGCUUACAAUAUUUUGCAACAAAUAAAACUACAUAGACCAUCGAGCUCGACAGAAAUGGAGAUUUUGAAUAAUUUCGAUAAAAGCAUACAAAAAUUAAUGUACAAAGCAUGGUUGCCAUUUGAUUAUUACUCGUCGAUAUUACUUUUUUAUUUAACAUCUGCUCAUCAAGUGAUAAGCCUUACUAUUGCAAUAAUUAACACUCGACGUUUCAUAUGUCUGGGAACAGUAACAUGUUUAUGCGUCGUAUUGACAUCUUUGUCAGUGAACUUCAGAAUUAGAAAAUUAACGUAUAGAGCAUGGUUGCCAUUUGAUUAUUCGUCAACAUUAUUGUUUUAUUUGAUGUAUGCUCAUCAAUUGAUAUGUUUAAUUGCUGGAGGAUUUUUAAAUAUUGGUUGCGAUACUCUCAUCUGUGGAUUAUUGGUUCACAUUUGCUGUCAAAUUGAGAUAUUGACUUAUCGUUUGAAAAAUAUUGUAUUUUAUUCAAAUGUACUUCGCGAUUGUGUACAUCAACAUUAUCAUAUUUUCAGACUUGCGUUUAUUGUAAAUGCAAAAUUUAGAUUAACUAUUGCUAUUCAAUUUAUAACUAGUACGUUGGUGGUUUGCUUCAGUCUUUAUCAAUUAAGUACAGCAACAACAAAAGCCAAAUAUAUUGAGAUGACAUUAUAUAUAUCUUGCAUGUUAACAGAAAUAUUCUUCUAUUGCUGGUAUGGUAACGAAUUAAAAAUAAAGAGUCAUCAAAUGAUCGAUAAUAUUUUUGAAAUUGAAUGGCUAGCAUUGGAUGAAAAUAGGAAGAAAUCUCUAAUGAUAAUAAUGAGCCGAGCAAUCGUACCUGUUCAGAUUACCUGUGCUUAUAUUGUUCCUAUGGAUCUUAACUCCUUUAUGAGUUUACUUAAGACAUCGUAUUCCACAUACAAUUUACUUCAACAAAUACGGGAAUAA